AUGGACAGGUUUCUCCAGGACCCAGAGAGCGAGAAGCUCUUGAACGAGCAUAGCCGGGCCCUUGAAACCGCCGAGGCUCUCAAGGGCAUGCAAUUCAAGCCAACAAUGACACGCGAUGAACUCUUGCAACGAUUCAAGAGUCGGAAGAAGGCGAGCAAAAGCCAAUCACGCGGCCGAGGUAGUGCCAACACGGUGGAUGUCUCUUUUGCCCCUCCCAUCUAUCCACCGUGUCUCGCUCCGUUGAAAGGCCUGAACAAGAUUAUGGUGAAAGAUUUGCUUCUUGAAACUCAUCACAGGGGCUCUUACAUUCUGCUCAGAUCAAUCACCCAGGCAGACAAGGUGGCUGCGAUUACAGUCAUCGUGGAAGACGAACAGAAUCAUGCGAUCCCGCUCCAAAUGUUGAACGAGAAGCUCCGCUGCCAAGAUGGCUCUGUUGAUAAAGGACAGAUUUUGCUUGUGAAGGAGCCUUACUUGACUUUGACGUUCGAUGCCGAAUACGGAGUCAAAGUUGAUCACGUUUCUGAUAUCAUGUUCAUCUCAAUGUCCGACAAGAUGGUUCCAUCAGCUUGGCGAGAGCGGCUCCCAGAGGAUGAAACAUCUCAGUGGAUGGCCGGGGAUUGGCUAAGCAUGGGUACCGAGUAUCUCAACCGGGGAAAAUUCUAUUCUGCCACUGAAUAUUACUCCAAAGCAUUGGAGUGUUCGCCGACAGAGGAGGAGACGCAUUACCUUCUGUACUACCGGGGCCUGGCCUUCUUCCAGGUCGAUGAGUGGGAUGCAUCUUUGCGUGAUCUCGACGCCGUUCCAGCAGGCCCAGAAUCCGAGAAAGCUCUUAGGGGCAAAGCCCAAACCCUGUACCGUCUGAAAAGGUUCCGAGAAAGCUGCGAUGUAUUCACGAAACUCUGCAAGAAACACCCAGAAGACGUCGGUGCCAGGAAUGAUUUUCGAGAAGCCAUUGCACGCUUUGCAGAGCAAAAGAAGGGCGGAUACAAAUUCAAGAAGAUGCAAGAGAAAGCGUCGAAAACCUACCCGCCACUAUUGGACCAUGCGGCAUGGAUUGGCCCAGUGACAGUCCGGCAAACCAAGUCCCAAGGACGAGGCCUAUUCACAACUGAGGCAGUCAAGGCUGGUGAUUUACUUCUCUGCGAGAAAGCCUUUGCAUAUGCAACCGAGCAUCCUAGCAGACCAAGGUGGAGCAGCACCCUCCAUAUCAACACCGAAACCCGGACGAUCACCCGUGGAGGCCAAGCUGCGCUCGCAUCGUCGAUCAUUGAAACGCUGUACAAGAACCCAUCAUUAGCACCAGCAGUGACUGACCUCCACAGUAGCGGAUCCAAGCAGGUCUCAACGGGCCCCGUUGAUGGCAAGCCGGUGAUAGACACAUUCCAAAUUGCUUGCAUAAUCUCCCUCAACAGCUUUGGCAGCCCGACCUCUUCGGGAGCAGACCAUAUCCACGACGCGUGCGAUGCAAGCAGGAACCCUGACGCGCUGCACAACUGUGGCAUCUGGCCUUACGCCUCAGCAAUCAACCACUCAUGCAUGAGCAACGCACACCGCGCCUUCAUCGGCGACAUGAUGAUCAUCCGCGCAGCUGUCGAUAUCCCCGCAAACACCGAGUUGAAAAUCUGGUAUCUGCUCCCCGCCCCUGAACACCAGCCCAUGGACUUCCGCCACUGGGGCUUCGAGUGUUGUUGUGCCAUAUGCGCCGACGUCAGUGUGACUGAGCCGCGCGUUCUCGAGACACGGGUCAGGCAGCGUGCGCAGAUCGCUAUGGCACUGGAAAACGGCUCGAAUGGGCCUAGCCUAACGCGGGCUGAGACGCUUAUUGAGCGUCUGGCUGAGACGUAUCCGCAUCCGCUGGAGCAGGUGCUGCGACUUGGAUUGUGGGAGCCGCUUAUUUUGAUUGCUGGGGUUUAUGAAAGACAAAAGCGGCCGGAAGAAGCCGGGGAGGCUGUGAAUCGGGCUCUUGCAGCAGUUGGAUUUGUGCUUGAGGGAUCUGGGUUGGAGGAUGGUGUGGAGGGGCCGCUUGUUGUUAAGAAAUGGGGGCUCCCCAUGGAUGAUAUUGUUGUUGCGUUGCUUCUCCUCCGCAGGUCUUUGCUUGAGGUUGCGCCUGAGAGGGCGAUGCAGGUGGAACGGUAUGCUCGCAUGGCUUACCUGAUUUGUGUCGGGGAGGAGGAAAGCUUUGAUACCGCCCAUGGAAUGAGUUUGAAGGUGGCUUGUGAGCUUUGUCCUAAGGAGGGCCAAGUGGAAGGAUGGGUAAUUUGA